AUGGCUGUCCGCUGCUUCUCACGCGCUAAAGGGAGACACUGGAUGCGCUUCACGCUCAUUUUCCACAUCCUUUGGUUUUUCUCACUGUGCAAAAGUGAAAUUUUCAAUAGUCCUGAAAAUCAUCAAGGCACCUCGGAUUUGCUCCGAUCGCUCAAUUUACCUGAACGCACAGAAUAUGAACUUGUGGCUCCGUUCGAGGUCGACCACCAUGGUGUUUACAUCUCUCAUGAAAUCGCCCACCACCAGCGCAGAAGGCGACGCAGAUCCCUCAGCCCAGACGCAGGAUCAUCAAACGGGGACAGCGGCAGUGAGACCGUCCACUUUCGGCUCAGUGGCUUGGGGCAGGACUUCCACAUGGAGCUGAGGGAGACGUCGGAAGCCCUGAUCGCACCUGGCUUCGCCAUCCAGGUCCUGGGAAAAAACGGCACCAGGAGCCUGAGGGCUCACCACCGGGACGACCUCUGCUUUUACCAAGGGUCGCUGAGGUCAACGGUCAACUCCUCAGUGGCACUGUCCACAUGCGUGGGGAUGACAGGUCUGAUCAGAACACAGGAUGCAGACUAUUUCCUCCGACCGGUGUCCAGGAGCCUCGCUCAGAGGGAGAACUUCACACGACCCCUCAGUCACCAGCCACACAUUCUCUACAAGAGUGGAGGACACUCCCGGACAGCGCAUGAAGGCCGUCAGUCCAGAGUGCUUCAGAAGAGAUCAGCCGAUUCACCUCAUCGCAAAUCAACUUCCACAAAGACGGACGCCGCCGCCGACGGCACGGCUGAUGAAGAUCAACCCAGCGGCCUCAGCGAUCAACCUAACAUCAGUAACAGCAACAGUGAUGGGAACCACACAGCGCAUCGUGGAGGCGGCCCACGCCACCACAGCCACCACCACCAUCAUGACAAUGACUACAGACACGGCGAGAAGCAGAGGCAGCACUUCUGUGGGAGAAGGAAGAAAUACAUGCCCAAACCUCCAGAAGAAGACAUUUUCAUCCUUCCAGACGAGUACAGGUUCAUCCCCCGGAGCAAAAGAGCCGUGCUGAUGAAGAAUCAGGUCUCUCAGAAGAUCAACGUGGAGACGCUGGUGGUGGUGGACAGAAAGAUGAUGGACAACCACGGCCAGGAGAACAUCACCACAUAUGUCCUCACAGUGCUCAACAUGGUUUCCAGCUUGUUCAAAGAUGGUACGAUAGGGGGGAAUAUCAACAUCGUCAUUGUGGGCCUCGUCCUUCUGGAUGAAGAGCAGGACGGCUUGGUCAUCAACCACCACGCAGACCACACACUGAAUAGCUUCUGUCACUGGCAAUCCACUCUGGGAGGCAGAGAUGGCCGACACCACGACCACGCCAUCCUCCUCACAGGACUCGACAUCUGCUCGUGGAAGAAUGAACCCUGUGAUACUCUUGGGUUUGCUCCAAUAAGUGGGAUGUGCAGCAAGUAUCGGAGCUGUACCAUUAACGAAGACACUGGCCUGGGACUGGCGUUCACCAUCGCACAUGAAUCUGGACACAAUUUUGGAAUGGUCCAUGACGGUGAGGGGAAUGUGUGUAAGAAGUCGGAAGGCAACAUCAUGUCUCCCACGUUAGCCGGGCACAACGGCAUCUUCUCCUGGUCUGCCUGCAGCCGCCAGUACCUCAGCCGCUUCCUAAACACUGCCCAGGCGUUGUGCCUGUCAGAUGAACCCAGAGCGAUCAAGGAGUACCGAUACCCUGAGAAGCUGCCUGGAGAGCUGUACGAUGCAGACACACAGUGCAAAUGGCAGUUCGGGGAGAAGGCCAAACUCUGCACCCUGGAUUUUAAAAAGGACAUCUGCAAGGCUCUGUGGUGCCACCGUGUUGGGAGGAAAUGUGAGACCAAAUUCAUGCCAGCUGCUGAAGGCUCUGCCUGCGGCCCUGAUAUGUGGUGUCGGAGAGGCCAGUGUGUCAAACAGGGGGACGAGGGCCCGCGGCCGCAGCACGGCCACUGGUCGCCGUGGUCGCCGUGGACCGUCUGCUCCCGGAGCUGUGAGAGUGGAGUCACCUAUCGAGAGAGGCAGUGCAACAGCCCCAGACCUGCGUAUGGAGGGAAAUUCUGCGAGGGUUCGUCGCGGUCGUAUAAGCUCUGUAAUACCGAGGAUUGCCCCCACAAUGCCGUUGAGUACAGAGCGCAGCAGUGUGCCGAAUAUAACAGCAAACAGUUCAGAGGGUGGUACUACACCUGGAGGCCAUACACACGAGUCGACGAUCAAGAUGUAUGCAAGCUGUACUGCUUCGCUGAAGGUUAUGAUUUCUUCUUCGCUCUGGCCAGCAAAGUCAAGGAUGGGACGCUUUGCUCCCAGGACAGCUUGAACGUCUGCAUUGAUGGACUGUGUGAGAGAGUGGGCUGCGACCGUGUCCUGGGCUCCACGGCGGUGCCUGACGCUUGUGGGGUGUGUAAAGGAGACAACUCCACCUGCAAGAUCUACAAGGGACAGUAUACCAAGCAGCAUUAUACAAACCAGUAUUAUGGGGUGGUUACCAUCCCCGCUGGAGCUCGGAGUAUCCGUGUGACUGAACUGAAUACCUCCAGUUCCUACCUGGCUGUCCGGGACAGCCAGAGGCGCUACCUGCUUAACGGCCAGUGGACGGUGGACUGGCCCGGCCGGCACCCCAUGGCUGGAACCAUUUUUGAGUACAAGCGGCCGUACAAUAGACCAGAGAGCCUCAUAUCGGCGGGACCCACCAACGAGACCCUCAUCAUAGAGAUACUGUUGCAAGGCUGGAAUCCAGGAGUGCGUUGGGAAUAUACUAUGAAAAAAACUGAUGAGAAGCCGGUGAAGAAUCACAUCAAGCACAAUUAUACAUGGGCGAUCAUACGAACGCAGUGUUCAGCAACUUGCGCCGGAGGACAGAUGAACACCAAGUCAGCGUGCUACAAAGACCUGAGAGUGCAGGUGAACACAUCGUACUGCAAUCCCAGAUCAAGACCAGCGACGGGCCUGAUGCCCUGCAACACCCAACCAUGUCCUGCCAGCUGGUCUGUCGGAGAGUGGGGGGCGUGCAGCCGGAGCUGUGGGGGAGGGGAGCAGACGCGGCAGGUCCAGUGCGUUCAGAGAACCGGCCGGAGCAGCGUGGACGUGCUGGCCGACUCUCGGUGCUCGCGCCCCGGCUCGGCCAGAAGGCAGGCCUGCAACACGCACAGCUGCCCGCCAGCCUGGACCGCCGGGCCCUGGUCACAGUGCUCACGCAAAUGUGGCAGCGGUUUGAAGAAGAGGACCGUGGCGUGCACAGGCGGCAGCCCGGGUGCCCAGACACACACACUGCCAGACGGCGCGUGUGCAGGCCUGCAGAAACCUGCCAGCCAGGAAUCCUGCUUCAUCAAGCGCUGCCAGAAACAACGCAAGGUCCAGUGGUUUGUCUCCACAUGGCAGGAGUGUUCGGUAACAUGUGGACGUGGCCAGCAGGCGCGCUUCAUCAAGUGUGCGGAGAAGGACGCUGCGGGGAAAUACAGAGAACUCGCUGCCAAGAAGUGUCACCAUGUUCCCAAACCGAUGGUGGAGCUGCAUCGAGCCUGCACCCUGGCUGAGUGUCCAGUCCGCACAACCCCGCCUGUCCACCGGUGGAGGCAGCACACUCACACCCACCCGCCUCCGCCCCCCCCUCAGCCUCCUGUACAAGUAGCGGAGUGGUUCUCCUCGCCCUGGUCUCAGUGUACGGUCACAUGUGGAGGGGGAGUACAGGCCCGGACGGUGCAGUGCCUGGUGCAGGGGAAGCCCUCUCCUGGCUGUACCCUCCACCUCAGACCCCCCAUGUCCCAGGCCUGCAACACCAACUUCUGUCCACAGCCUGAAAAGAAAGAUGUGGCGUGUCGGGAUUAUUUCAGCUGGUGUUACUUGGUGCCCCAACAUGGAGUCUGCAACCAUAAAUUCUAUGGCAAGCAGUGCUGCCAGUCCUGCUCGAAUUCAAAUCUAUAAUCUCACAGACGAGACUCGGGUCUGUGAUACAGACACAUCGGUAGUCAAAUGGUCUAAAGACUAGAUUUUCCCAUGCUUGAAAGGACCUGUAGUUGUU